AUUGUGUCAUCGGUCCGUUUCCUAUUGGUCGGUGACGUGGUUGACGUAAUCAGACAACAACAGGAACCGGAGGCCGCGAGCAGCGACACCGACAGAUUCCAGGCCCCAGAUUUCCCUGAUCUCUCAGCUCAGUGAAUCACCAUGAAUGCCAUAUUUGGGAGGAGGAAGACCCCGGAGGAGAUGCUCCGGCAGAACCAGCGAGCCCUGAAUCGAGCCAUAAGGGAGCUGGACCGGGAGAAGAUGAAACUGGAGCAGCAGGAGAAAAAAAUCAUCGCAGACAUCAAGAAAAUGGCCAAACAAGGACAGAUGGAUGCAGUUAAAAUAAUGGCAAAGGAUUUGGUGCGAACACGACGCUAUGUGAAGAAAUUCAUCAUGAUGAAGGCGAACAUCCAAGCUGUGUCCCUGAAGAUUCAGACGCUAAAGUCCAACAACACCAUGGCCCAGGCUAUGAAGGGAGUCACUAAAGCCAUGGCCACCAUGAACCAGCAGUUAAAACUGCCUCAGAUUCAGAAGAUCAUGAUGGAGUUUGAAAAGCAGACAGAAAUUAUGGACAUGAAAGAGGAAAUAAUGAAUGAUGCUAUCGAUGAUGCCAUGGGUGAUGAAGACGACGAGGAAGAGAGCGAUGCCAUUGUGUCUCAAGUGCUAGAUGAACUUGGUUUGAACCUGACCGACGAACUGUCCAACCUUCCGAGCACCGGAGCGUCGCUCAGUGUUGCUGCUGGGAAAAAAGCGGAGCCCGUGGUCCUGGAAGAUGCAGACGCUGACUUGGAAAAACGGCUUAAAAACCUCCGUAAAGACUGAGGGAGUCACUGAUUUUUCCCUUUUUUUUUGUGUGUUCAUAUUUUAAAUCGGGAAUUGGGGAGGGAGGAAUGCUACCUGCUCUAUAUAGAGAGAUAGUGAUUUAGUUAUCUUUUUCGUUUCGUUUUAUGGGAAUGAUUGGUGAGCUGUGCAGCUGGAUUCUGCAGGAUCUCCUCUACCCUGUGCCCAUGUCUGACACAGCACAGGGUGGCAGUGCCAAUAACAUAACAGUGAACAAAACCCAGAUUGGCCAAUAUCGCUGGGGAUAUGGGACGUCCUGUUGUUGGAACACAGUUGAGAUUUUGUUUGUAAGCAGUUUUCUUUCUUUCUUUUCUCCUUCCUGCCCUCCAUGUUGUCCCUUGUUGACCCUCUGCCACUUGGGCAUUGCUAAGUGGCAGAGUUUGAGGUUCUGACCUUUAAACUCUCUCAAGCCCCUUGCCCGAAGGGAGUAUUUAAACUGGCACUGCAGAUAAAUCAGCCGAUAACAUAACCGUGUACAUACCGGGAUCAUCUUUAAUUCUACUUGAGAUGUAGUGCCACAAUGUUGUCCCUAUCAGGAAGGAAAUCUGAUGUGUUUUGCCAGGCCCUGUGGAAAUGGCAAAGCUCCAAUGACUUACUGACAACUGUGCGCUGCUUCUCGUCACGCUGAUGAGCCCUUACAAUCCCUGGUGUGGAUUUGGAGUUCCUGUUCUAUCCGUGUGCUUCUAACGCCACACUGAUGCCCUGAACCUCGACUGCUGCUGCCUGCCUGACAGCGCCUUCUCCCCAGAAGGUGGCGUUCCCUAUCGAGGUGUACAUCUCUGCAGGGUGAAUCCAGGAGUGCAGCUCCUACCAGCCAUUUGGGAAGUUAUCCCAGUCCAUCCUGACUCUCUGCAAACUUGAUCAAAUUACUGGGUAACAAUUGGGCACUCUUUCUCUCCUCCAACUACCCCCAGUACAAUUUUUUUUAAAAAAUCUUUAUUUCUUUAAGAUUUGUAUAUAAAGGAGUGUGCAGUAAGCCCACAGCAUGGUUGUAUGUCUGGUGCUUAUCUGUCCAUUGCUGUGCAUCAGAUCAUUGUAAUGGAGUGUACCAAUGUAAACAUGAUUAUACCCUUCUGUUACAGGAGGGUAUAAUCAUGGUUGAAUUUGGUUGAAUACUACAGUUGUAACGAGACAGGUGGUGGUUUCCAAUGUUGGACUUGACAUGGGGAGUAAUGUGUAUAAUAAUAGCAGGACAGAAUGUUUGUCUUUGAAUUUGGCCUGAAUUAUGCGCCUCUAUACUGGUCUAAUUAUGUCGCAUUCUUAAACAACACUUUCACUCACUUGGUUGUAACAUCAUAGUGGCUUGAUUGGUAUUGAAUGGAAACGUGUCAUGCCAAACUAACAGCAAGAAUGAUUUAUUUUCUUCAUAAUCAGAGAGCUGUGGGAUUGGAUCAGAGUAUCUGAUCUUGACUGUUCAUGAAAAGCUGCAUUGUCAUUUGUACCAGAGCUGGGACUUCCUUAGUCUGUAGAUCAGCCAUAAAUACUGCACCAUCCCAUGAAUGCCCCUACCCUGCAGCGAGAGACUGGCCUGAGCUAUCUGAAGUAUGGAACAGCAGCAAAUGGAUCGCACCUUUUAUUAUUGACCAACCAAUGGAAUGGGGUGAAGUCAGAUGGGGGUCUGUGGCUAGUCUUUGGGUGCCAGGGAGUUGCCCAGUCUCCUGGGCACCUCCCUGAAUCACCUCAACGUACUGUGGAGUGCAUUCUGCUAUAUUCCAUUUGCUCUUGAUGCCUAAAGUCCUGCAAAUGCAGGCAGCAUGAACAGGGGUUUUCAGUUUAGCAAGUCCAUACUGUAUAAUGUUUCAACAGACAAUUUAACCUGCAGGGAGCGAUGUUGGGUAGGAAAUACGCUGUUUGGCUUCAGCUUAACUCUCAGUAAAUUGACAUUGACCUGAACCAGUUUAGACAAAAGGUUGUUUGUUGUGUCCCAGAAAAACAAUAGGCGACCUCCCCUCCACAGCUGCACAAAGCAUUAAUCAUGGCUGUAUUUUAAGAGCUUGGACUGUAAAGUAUUAAUGGUUGGUUGAGUGAAUGCGAGCAGUGCAAUGCCACUCCCUCCCCUUUGGGUUGUUCAGUGAAGUACCUAGAAGGUGGUUACGGGGUAAGGAGGCACUGUGGGUGGUCUGUAACCCAUGUCCAGAGCUCAUAGCUGGUCCCUCAACUCUCAGCUGAUGUGAAGAGGGCAGUUAUGUGUCGAUGGGUCUCGGGCAUUGAGCUGAUUGUAAUGUGUGGGAGUGUAACUGCCUCCAGCUAUAACCCUGCAUUUCUCUUUUACUAAUGAAACCUUGCAAGAUGCCUUCUGUAUAAACGGCUGCUAUAUUGCACUUCUUGUAAAACUCCAUGUACUGUUAUAGUGACGGUCAAUACGACUAUUAUAUUCACCUUUAUCAGAACCUGGAAGAUGGACAAAGUGCACUACAUAUUUUCUUUUUGCAGGGUGCUCUUCUAUUGGGAAAGAUUUUUGUUUGUCUAUGCACAAUCUUUUUUUGGUCACAAUAAAUUAUGCAGUGUUUAUUUCUGAAA